AUAUCGGCAUCGGCCCCCAAACAUCCAUAUCAGUCGGGCUCCAAUUCAUACAAUUGAAAUUUAACAGAACUUCAGUAUUAACAAUACAACAUUAACUCAAUGUCCAUGCUUGAUUUGAUAUAUUUAAAGAAAACUUCAAAUGUUAAAUUAAGUAUUAUCACUGCUUGAUUUCAUUCAAAGUUGCCUGUUCAUUAGUUAUGGGGCAGUUAUACCAAACUGAAUAAAUAUAAACUAGCCAUUAUGACUGUACCAUAUGAAAUCACAGAGUGUGUAAGUGUGUGUAUGUGCAAACAACCCGCCGCUCCGAGACUGUCGCACGCACACGCUGCACUUCGACUCCUCUCGCCCGCGUUAAUGUCGGCGCAAAUAGCCUCCACAUGAAAACACAAGAGGAGGAAGAAGAGGAGGAGGAAGAGGAGGCCGUCUCCGUUCGACUCAGAGCAGCAUCAAUUAUUCAUGGCUGCUCCUGUCGACCGCGCUGCUCCGGGGGAUCGAUGCCUCCGUAAUGUGGACUGAUACGAGCCCCCGGCCGAGGCCCGGCUGCAGCAGGUUAAUGGGCCGGCUGGAUUUCACCCGCCGCUGCCGACGGCUUCCUGGACCAGAAGAGAAAUAUCUACAUGAAGCGUCACCACUUUUCAUGUGGAGCACCCACCUUGCCUUUGCAUGAAAUGAGUCCAGACGACUGAAGAGAGCGUCCGGAUUGAGUAAGGAGAGGAAGCAGCCAUGUCGGAGAAGAAGCCGCGAGCCUCAGACACGCGUCCCAAGUGUGGCCUCCGCAGCUGGAGUGCGGACAGCUAUACGUGGCGGGGGAAGAAGCGCUCGCGGAGCUCUCGGAGCGGCGGCGGCGGCAGCUUGAGUCCCGGGGGGCCCGAGGCGGAGGGCACGGAGGAGCUGGGCGUGCGGUCAACGUCCUGUCCGAGGCGGCGCAGGGAGCGGAAGUGCAGCUGCAGCGCCCUCGGGGACGCGCUGACGCCUGCCGACAUGGACGUGGUGUGUCGGAAGGCCCUGACCCGGCGCUCUCUGCGGCAGAAGUUCCAGGACGCCGUGGGCCAGUGUUUCCCUCUGCGCUCUCACCACCACCACCACCACCACCAUCACCACCACCACCACGCGCCAGGCUCCUCGCGGCCCUUCUCGGUGCUCUUCUGGUCCAAACGCAAGAUCCACGUCUCGGAGCUCAUGCAGGACAAGUGUCCCUUCUCGCCCAAGUCCGAACUGGCCCGGUGUUGGCACCUUAUCAAGAGUCACGCCACGCACCCGAAUUCCCUGAGGGACAUGGAGGCGCCCCUCCAACCCCACGUGUCGUCUUCCUCUACGUCACCACCACACACGCCCCUCUCCUGGGAGGACGUCUGCUGCUCCCCUGGGCCUGGCAGCACCAGCCUGGAGGACUGGGACCCGUCUUGUCCACGUGGCGGAGCGGAGGGCAGCAACACCGACUACAUCCUGGUGCCGGAUCUCCUCCAGAUCAACAACAGCCCCAGCUACUGGGGCGUGUUGAACCGCUUUGAGGCCGAGGAGCUGCUGGAGGGCCAACCGGAGGGGACCUUUCUGCUCCGGGACUCCGCCCAGGACGAGUUCCUCUUCUCGGUCAGCUUCCGGCGCUACAGCCGCUCCCUGCACGCGCGCAUCGAGCAGAACGGCAAGCGCUUCAGCUUCGACGUGCGCGACCCGUGUAUGUACCGGGACCCCAGCGUGACGGGGCUCCUCAGACACUACAGUGACCCGGCCACGUGCCUCUUCUUUGAGCCGCUGCUCUCGCGGCCGCUGCCGAGGACCUUUCCCUUCUCCCUCCAGCACCUGUGCAGGGCCGUGAUAUGCAGCAGCACCACCUACCAGGGCGUCAACGGCCUGCCGCUGCCGCCGCAGCUCAGGGACUACCUCAGGCAGUACCACAUCAAGUGCGAGGGGGCCUGCGCCGUGUGACCGACCAACGGACGUCCUACCAUGGAAGGCAAAGAGGGGACGACACAAGGGAUCGCAGGUUCUUUUGGCCAAGGGGCAAGAACAUUGCCAUUGACUUCCAAGUAACAUUAAACAGGGUAGAACUGGGGGUUUCUAGAUGUUGCUUAAUCUAAUUGCCUCGAGAGAAAGAUCUACCAAACCUUGAAAUGUUCAUUGGCCUUUUCUCCCCAAGGGAUGUUUUGAAUCCUCGGAUUCGGGUUUUCUGAUCACGGCCAUCUUGACACGUACUGGAGCGAGGGUCAAGCCGCGAGCUGUGACACACUCAGACACAACAUUUGCCUUAAUGCCCCAGAUGGAGCGGCGACGAAGACGUGAACCUUUAACCGUCACUUUUUGUGGAAUGUUGACUCUCGGGAGUCGGAGCACUUUCCCUUUGAGGUCAACUCAACCGGAGUCGUCAUCUGGAAUCUCUAGUGGACACUAGAGGAACUGCACCUUCCAUGGAACAUGACUUGAGACCAAACCUUCAUGUGAUUCGUUGCUACGGCACUGUACUGCACACAACAACAACAACAACAAUGUUAGAGAUACAGAGACUCCAACUGCAUCUAGUAAUAUGCAAAAUAUGCAUAAUUCUUCAUUAACUUUCCAUCUUUUUUUUUUUUUUUAGACAUAUUUCCAUCAUUCCCAUUCUGCCGGGAAUCUGUUGUAAUCCAUCCAUUUAGCAAUGUCCACCUAUCCUUGACCCCAUCUCUGUCAAAAGACCUUGUGUGAGUUUACAAAACGAGUGAGGUACAUAUAGACAGAAAGGGACACGUGAUUGAUAACUUGAUUUCAACAGCUCCUCUCAACAAACACGUCUCGUGUAUUAUGGGAAGGCUUGAGCUGCCUUGGUCUUUGCAGCCACAGGAUGGCAGCACAACUGCGCUGGGAUCAGAGGUUCGGAUCAGAACACUUCACCUGCUUCACUUGUCCGUCUGUCUUUUGAACAUCUCUGCUGCUUCUUUGACCUUCAACCGAGGCUGAACAAUCAUCUGUAAUCUGGCAUUUUAACAUCGGGCUGUAUAGAUGUUCACAGGUGUUGUAAUUGGGAAAAUCUGUUUUUACACGUGGAGCGGAGGACAGCUCACAACAGGACACUACCCUCAAAGCAGCAUCAACCUAUAUUGUAUUCACCCCCCACUGAUACACAAACCAAUAAAAAAUGCCAUUUACACUCUG